AUGGCGGUACAAGCACGCGAUACGUUCUGGCUCAAAGGCCAGCCGUACUCGCUUCCCGAGAUGCUCGACUAUGAUGCGUUGGCACCCGCUUUCUCCAAGACACCGUGCAUCAAUCGUGGAUCGAAGCUGAAGCUUAUCAUCGUUGGUAUGCACCUGUGGCGGAUCGGAUCGUCAAGACUGUCCACGUCCCCCGGCGCCUUCUUCGCACAACUCCCAUCGCAAGGUUUCCCGGACCCUGACUCCGACGGGCCAGAACUUCUCAUUACGCUAUCUCACUGCGGUGGCCACGCGCUGUCGAUAUUUAUCGAAGCGGGCAACCCCGAAAUAGGACUGAGGUGA